CCUUCCUUUCUUUCUUCCUUUAUAGUUUAUACUCAAAUCCAAGCCUGAUCUAUCAGAUUCUUCUUUUCUUCUACACCAGACAGAUUUCUCUCAUACUCUCAAUCCCGACCCAUAUCCAAAUUUUCAAUUUUUCCCAAUAGAUUUCGACAUGGUUUCACCCGAGCAAAGCAAUUGGAUCUUUGAUUGUGGCUUGAUCGAUGAUAUUCCUGUUCCCGAUGGGAAUUUUUCAUCCCCGGCUCCUGGUUUUACCUGGUGUAUGCAGGGUUUGAACGGUUCGGUAGGUGUCGGUUCGGAGAUCAGAGGAGGCUCUUUGGUGGAUUCAGAUGGUCACAAAGAAGUGGGUGGAAAGAAAAGGGCUAGAUCGGAAUCAUUAUCAACAGCACCCACUUCAAAGGCGUGCAGGGAAAAGCAGCGAAGAGAUAGGCUAAAUGACAAGUUUACGGAAUUAGGUGCAAUCCUUGAACCUGGAAGGCCUCCUAAGACAGACAAAUCUGCUAUUUUGAUGGAUGCUGUUCGAAUAGUCACGCAAUUAAGGAAUGAAGCUGAAAAGUUCAAAGACGCAAACUCUAGUCUCCAGGAGAAGAUUAAAGAAUUGAAGGUUGAGAAAAACGACCUCCGUGAUGAGAAGCAGAGGCUAAAGGUGGAGAAAGAAAGGUUAGAACUGCAACUAAAGAGUUUCAAUGCUCAACCUAACUUCAUGGCACCACCACCCGGGAUCCCAACAAUGUUUGCUGCUCCUCCUCAAGGCCAAGGUGUUGGUAACAAAAUGGUACCUAUUAUGAGUUACCCAAGUGUUGCCAUGUGGCAGUUCAUGCCCCCUGCUUCGGUUGAUACAUCUCAGGACCAUGUGCUCCGCCCACCCGUUGCUUAAUGGUCAAGAAUGGUACAAACGAAUUCGCAUAAAAAGGGUUUUAGCAAUGUGAUUGUUGGUUGGUCUUUUAGGAGGAGAUGACUUGCUAGAUUUGAUUAAGUGCUUGUAUUGACAUGUAAUGUUGUAGUAACAUCUUUUCCAUAAACUGUAUGUUUGUUAACAUUUUCUUGUCCAUCAACUGUUUUUGGAAACUUCAUUUAGC